AUGGAUCAGAAUAAACCUGUUACCCAUCGUCGGCUUCUCAAUGCACAGGAGCUAGCAAUAGACAACCAAGUAAAGAAGGAGGUUUUCAGCAUGCAGGACAGAAUUAAUUUCGCAUGUGGUGGUACUCUUCCUAAAAGUUCCAUCGACUUUACCAAACUUCAACUCUACUAUCUGAAAGUAGAGCGAGGCAUAACUCGCGGUUCACCUGCGCUUGCGACAUUUCCUCUCACACAGGACUCCGCUCAUCAGAUUUAUGAAGCUGGUGAACCUUCUCCUUUUGGACGAGGCAAGGAUCUUGUCUAUGAUGAAGAAUAUCGACAAGCACAUGAACUCAAACCACCUCAUUUCGCUUUAACUACGGAUCCACUUCUUCACUCUGCUCUUCCUACUUUACUUGGAAAGAAAUUGGAUUACACCUCGCCACUUUCAAUUAGGCUCAACAAGUUGAACGCUUACACUAAGGGUGGGUUCUUCAAGACUCAUAAGGACACACCUCAAGGAAAGGACCACAUUGGGACUCUGAUGCUCUGUCUGCCAUCUCCAUUCCAGGGCGGAAAUCUUGUGGUUAGACAAGGAGACGUUGCCGUAACUUUUGAUUGGUCCCAUCAGGUCAAAAACGGUAGUAUCGCAUGGGGUUUCCUUUAUUCGGACUGCGAACACGAAGUUCUUCCAGUUCAAGAGGGUACCAGGAUCACUUUACAAUAUGACGUGUUCAUCUCCCAAAAACCCACAUGGAUGGAGAAUGAAGAAACUCUUGAUAGUAGGAUGGAGCCGAUCAGACAAGCUUUUGCCAAAUUCAUGGAUCCCUCUUUUGUACCAGAAGGAGGAAAACUCGCCUUUGGUCUCCUUCACGGUUAUCCUUCAGAAGCGGGUGAUACAGAUUUGGGCGAUGGUUUAACCAAGAGGCUUAAAGGUGUCGACGCCUUACUUAUCUCUUUCCUCGAUUCGAGUAAUUUCAAGUGGAGUUAUUUCGCUCUGCACGAUGUCGAUAAUACCUGUUGGGAUAACGAGUCCAUCGAUGAAGACAAUGACACGGACGAGGAGGAGAAGGCACAGGAAAUCAAAAAGAUAAAGGCACAGGAAAGUAAAAAGGGGAAGAUAGAUAAAACGUUCAAAUCGGACAAAUGGAUUCAAUCAUACGUGAUAAGCGAUGAUGGGGGGCAGGUCGAGUCAAGCGAUCCUGCAGAACUAGGUUUGAAGAGGGAUCUUGAUCUUAUUUGGAUAUCCAUUCCUGAUGACUUCUCAAUGAAGGGUCAUUUCAUUUCUUACGGUAACAGUCCUCAAAUGGAGACCAUCUACGCCGCUGUUGGAAUCCAAGUUCAUCUUCCUCCCGCAAGUGAAAGACCCAAGGGCAAACGACCUUCCCCAAAGAUCCAACAGAAAGAAGGCUCCGCUAAGAAAGUGAAGGAUGCGAAAGCCGAGUAG